GCUGGAACGUUAUAUAAAGUACUACUUUCAAGAAACUCGUUGGCGACUUUAUCAUCGUUGCUUUCCUUUCCGCCUCUUUUCCACUUCUCGUCCUGGAAAUCUACCUAUCCUACUUGAUUUCUUAUCUCAAUCUCUCAUACUUUGAGUCAUAACUUCAUGUCUACCGCAACUCCAGAUUUCAACCUUGACAUACAUCCGGCUCCCACUCCUUCCCAACGAGAUUCUAACAUUACGCGUACUGGUUCUCGUCUUUCUCUCGAAAUAAAUGACCUCAAAGCUGUUGAGAAAGAUAACCGAGGAAGAGAGGAAAUGACCGAAGAGGGCGUGGUGGACGUCGCUCGAGCAGAGGCUGAAUUUGCCGAGCUUAGGCGUCAAUUAACCCAUGCCUCCGCUUCCAUCAACCGCAGUCGUCAUUCUCUACCACUUGAUCAGGAGAAGGACGAAGAUAGCGAUGAGUUCGACCUGCUUGGCUAUUUGCGGGGACGGUCACAAGAAGAAGACGCACAUGGCUUUCACCACAAGCGGCUCGGUGUCGUAUUCUCUGACCUUACUGUUGUUGGCAUGGGUGGUAUACGGCUUGCAAUCCGUACUUUCCCCGAUGCCAUCAAGGAGUUUUUCCUUUUCCCGGUCAUCGCCGUUAUGAAACGGGUCAUGAAGCGAACGCCCAAGUCGAUCUUAUCGGGCUUUAAUGGAUUUGUUCGUCCUGGGGAGAUGUGCUUUGUGUUGGGUCGACCAAACUCGGGUUGCUCCACAUUCCUCAAAGUCAUUGCGAACCAACGGAUCGGAUUCAUGGAUAUCACCGGCGUAGUUGAAUACGGGGGCAUCGAUGCAGCAAUUAUGGCUAAGGAGUUUAAGGGAGAGGUCGUCUACAAUCCCGAGGACGAUGUACAUCAUGCGACCCUGACCGUUGGACAAACUCUCGACUUUGCUCUUUCCACCAAGACGCCUGCCAAGCGGCUUCCCAACCAGACCAAGAAUGUCUUCAAGACGCAAGUACUCGAUCUCCUCUUGCAAAUGCUGGGAAUCUCACACACGAAAGACACUUAUGUUGGAAGUGCCGAUGUUCGCGGAGUCUCCGGAGGUGAACGAAAGCGUGUGUCAAUAGCAGAAAUGUUUACAACCCGAGCUUGCGUACUUUCGUGGGACAACUCCACUCGAGGUCUUGAUGCUUCUACCGCUCUCUCGUAUGCCAAGUCUCUCCGGAUCUUGACUAACAUCUUCAAGACAACGAUGUUUGUGACCCUCUAUCAAGCCGGAGAAGGUAUCUAUGACCAGUUCGAUAAGGUUUGCCUUAUAAAUGAAGGUAGGCAAGCCUAUUUUGGUCCUGCCUCCGAGGCGCGAGCAUACAUGAUCGGAUUAGGGUACAAGAACUUGCCACGUCAAACCACAGCCGACUACCUCACUGGUUGUACUGAUCCGAACGAACGUCAAUUCGCCGACGGAGUCGACCCUGCUACUGUUCCCAAGACGGCUGAAGAGAUGGAACAAGCUUAUCUUGCCAGCGACGUCUACCAACGAAUGCAGGCUGAGAUGAAGGUUUAUCGGGCUCAUCUCGAGUCAGAGAAACGCGAGCGUGAAGAGUUCUUUAAUGCCGUACGCGAGAACCGUCACCGUGGAGCACCCAAACGAUCCCCUCAAACGGUUUCGCUUUUCACACAAAUUCGAGCGCUCAUUGUUCGAGAGAUUCAACUUAAACUACAAGAUAGACUGGGCUUGAUGUUCACGUGGGGAACAACGGUAGUCCUCUCAAUCGUCAUCGGUAGUAUUUUUAUUAACUUGCCUGAGACCUCGGCUGGUGCCUUUACGAGGGGAGGAGUCAUAUUCCUUGGCCUUUUGUUCAACGUCUUUAUCUCGUUCACCCAAUUACCGGCUCAGAUGGUCGGCCGCCCGAUCAUGUGGCGACAAACUUCAUUCUGCUUCUAUCGCCCCGGUGCAGCAGCUUUGGGAAGCACACUUGCCGAUAUCCCUUUCUCUGCCCCGAAAAUUUUCGUCUUUUGUAUAAUUGUGUAUUUCAUGGCUGGGCUCGUCAGCAACGCUGGUGCAUUCUUCACCUUCUACCUGCUAGUAUUCACCACCUUCACCUCUCUUAGUUCAUUCUUCAGAUUCCUGGGCGCCAUAUCUUUCAACUUCGACACGGCAUCACGUUUGGCCAGUAUUCUCGUUAUGUCAAUGGUCAUUUACAGUGGCUACAUGAUACCUGAACCUGCGAUGCGACGAUGGCUCGUUUGGCUUUACUACAUUAAUCCUGUUAACUAUGCAUUCUCGGCACUUAUGGGCAAUGAAUUCGGUCGGCUCAGUUUGACUUGCGCUGGAUCGUCCAUUGUCCCGAAUGGCCCAUCUUAUCCUUCCGGCCUCGGACCAAAUCAAAUCUGUACUCUCCGAGGCUCUCGCCCUGGAAACCCAAUUAUCAUUGGAGAAGAUUAUAUUUCAGCUUCGUAUACCUACUCGAAGGAUAACGUAUGGCGGAAUUUCGGAAUCGAAGUUGCCUUCUUUGUAUUAUUCACGAUUUGCCUUUUUAUAGCCGUAGAAACCUUGUCACUCGGCGCUGGCAUGCCAGCCAUCAAUGUGUUUGCUAAAGAAAAUGCAGAGAGGAAGCGUCUCAAUGAAGGUUUGCAAAGCAGAAAACAAGAUUUCCGUACCGGGAAAGCACAGCAAGAUCUUAGUGGAUUGAUCCAGACACGCAAGCCGUUGACUUGGGAAGCUCUUACCUACGACGUUCAAGUGCCAGGUGGCCAGAAGCGCCUUUUGAAUGAAAUUUAUGGCUACGUGAAACCGGGGACGCUCACGGCAUUGAUGGGAUCUUCAGGUGCCGGAAAAACCACGCUCCUUGACGUGUUAGCUAACCGAAAAACCACUGGUGUGAUUGGAGGCGAGGUGUGCAUCGCUGGGCGCGCUCCAGGAGCCGACUUCCAAAGAGGCACAGCUUAUUGCGAGCAACAGGACGUUCAUGAAUGGACCGCCACCGUUCGCGAAGCCUUCCGAUUCUCAGCUUAUCUCCGACAGCCUUCUCACGUCUCGGUGGCCGACAAAGACGCUUACGUUGAAGAGGUCAUUCAAUUGUUAGAAUUGGAGGAUCUCGCUGAUGCCAUGAUUGGUUUCCCUGGUUUUGGUCUCGGGGUCGAAGCAAGGAAACGGGUAACUAUUGGUGUCGAGCUAGCUGCCAAACCGCAGCUCCUGCUCUUUUUGGAUGAACCUACAUCUGGGCUGGACGGUCAAAGUGCAUACAAUAUCGUGCGCUUCUUGAAAAAACUAGCAGCCGCCGGUCAAGCAAUCCUGUGUACUAUCCAUCAACCGAACGCUUUACUCUUCGAAAAUUUUGAUCGACUUUUAUUAUUGAAGGGCGGGGGAAGAUGUGUGUACUUUGGCGGCAUUGGCAAGGACUCGCACAUUCUGCGCUCCUAUUUCGGAAAGAAUGGCGCUGAAUGUCCCGACUCGGCCAAUCCUGCUGAAUUCAUGCUCGAGGCCAUUGGUGCAGGAAAUUCUCGCCAGAUGGGAGGCAAGAAGGACUGGGCAGACCGCUGGCUGGAUAGUGAAGAACACGCUGAAAAUAAGCGCGAGAUAGAACGUCUCAAACAGGAAUUUCUUUCGCAAUCUGAUGAAGGCCCCGUUGAAAUCGCCACAUCUUACGCUCAGCCCUUCGGUUUCCAGCUCAAGGUUGUUCUCCAGCGGGCCAAUCUUGCCUUCUAUCGCAAUGCGGACUACCAGUGGACCAGAUUGUUCAAUCACAUUUCGAUUGGACUUAUUGCUGGAUUGACGUUCUUGACCUUGGGUGAUAACGUAUCUGAAUUACAAUACAGGGUUUUUUCAAUAUUCGUGGCUGGGGUUUUACCGGUCUUGAUCAUAUCUCAAGUCGAACCGGCUUUCAUAAUGGCUCGUAUGAUCUUUCUGCGGGAAUCAUCGUCGAGGACUUACAUGCACGAAGUAUUUGCAGUCAGCCAGUUCUUGGCGGAAAUGCCGUAUUCGAUACUCUGUGCCGUAGCCUACUAUCUUUUAUGGUAUUUCCUGACCGGUUUCAACACGAACAGUAACAGAGCAGGCUAUGCUUUUCUGAUGAUUAUAUUCUUGGAAAUCUUCGCUGUGACUCUCGGUCAAGCAAUCGCGGCGCUGUCUCCGAGCAUCUUCAUCGCAUCUCAAAUGAACCCUCUCAUUACUGUUUUCCUUAAUCUGUUUUGCGGAGUUACUGUCCCACAGCCCGUCAUGCCGAAAUUCUGGAGACAAUGGAUGCACAAUUUGGAUCCUUAUACAAGGGUGAUUGCCGGAUUGGUGGUGAAUGCACUACAUGAUUUAGAUAUCAACUGUGCCCCGGACGAAUUCUCGCGAAUCCAACCUCCUAGUGGACAAACUUGUGACCAAUGGCUAUCUCCGUUUGUCGCUUCAUCGGGAGGUUACGUGCGAAACCCAAAUGCUACGUCAGAUUGUGAUUAUUGUCAAUACAGGGUUGGAGACGAAUACUUCGCUACCUUAAAUUUCUCUUUCUCCCAUCGAUGGAGAGAUUUAGGGAUCCUAGUUUGCUACUGCGCAUUCAACUUUUUUGUCACUUUGGUCGCAGCCAAAUUCUUGACGUCGAGAUACGCCAAGAGAUAACCUAUAGUCUUGCUUUAGUCUCCAUCUAUUAUUAUCACCUUUGUCUCGCUUCAACAAGUCAACCAUAUAUUUCUCUUUUAUGAUCCUUUUUUUUCGUAGUUUGCGUCAAAUUGCCUAUAGCAAAUUUGUAUGACAUUGAAGUGGCCUUUUUCAAACUGACAUUUUCUCUUUUUAUUAACAUUGAUGCCGCUCUCACGAGUCAUUUAUUUAUUUCUCCUUCAUGAUCAUUUUUUGUCCUUUACUUUCGGCAACGUUAUCGAACUGACAUUUUUCUCCUUCUAUCAACAUGAUCUUUUUGUCGUUUUAACAUAUUGUAUAUAUAUUUCUUUCUCAUAUUUAUUUCAAGUAUCUCUUGGUUUGUGUUGCUGGGUAUUAUUUUUAGUCAAUCAUGGUUGACGAACGUUGAUGAAAUUACGACUCUAAUGUUAUGAUGCAAUACUUACUGUCUGAAGUCCUUUG